AAUGUGUUAAAUGUCUGACAUCGUUUAUCCUCAACUGAUGCAGGACUGUGUCAGCCCAUUCAUUUAUCUAGGAAAUCCCCUGCCAAUUUCCCCCUCGUUACCUUUGCCCUAGAAGUUUUUGUGGCGAUUACGUCAAGUUAUUAGCAAUAUCUCGCGAGAAGCAGAGACUAUAAAUGGGACGUUGUUAGUUCACUAUCAAAUCAAACCUGAAACGGAGUAAGUUAUUACACUGCUGGGAUCAUCAUCAUCAUUCACCAAAAUUAACCAACUAACGUGGUUUGCAGACAUGGAAGUCGUUGAAGUCGUCAAUAACCAGAAUGUGGUUGAGAGGGUGGCCAGCCUCCCCUUGGUGAGCUCCACCUAUGACAUGGUGUCCAGUGCCUACUGCACCACCAAGGAUAACCACCCCUACCUCAAGUCUAUGUGUGAGGUGGCCGAGCAGGGGGUUAGGAACCUCACCACUGCAGCGCUCACCGGUGCAGCACCCAUCAUCAGCAAGCUGGAGCCACAAAUUUCCAUGGCCAAUGACCUGGCCUGUAAAGGCCUGGAUAAGAUUGAGAAGACCUUGCCAAUCCUGCACCAGCCUUCUGAGCAGAUUGUCACCAACGCCAAGUAUGCAGUGACCGGUGCCAAAGACGUGAUGUCUAACACUGUCACAGGGGCCAAGGACAGUGUGUCCCACACCUUGACCAAUGCAGUGGACCGGACCAGGGGUGCCGUGCAGGACGGCGUGGAGAUGACUCGUGCUGCGGUCCAGGAUGGUAUGCAGAUGACCCGGGCUGCGGUCAGCGGCAGCGUGAAUACGGUGAUGGAGAGCCGUGUGGCCCAGAUGGUCAGCAGCGGAAUGGACACGGCACUCACCACCUCUGAGAGCCUGGUGGACCAGUACCUGCCUCGCACUGAGGACGAGUUGGAAAUGGAGGCUAAAAUGGUCGAAGGAUUCGAAGUGGCGAAGGAUGCACCUAGCUACUAUGUCCGUCUGGGCUCUCUGUCUACCAAGCUGCGUAAGAGGGCAUACCACAAGGCUCUGGCCCAGGUCAAAGACGCCAAGCAGCGCAGCCAGGAGUCCAUCUCACAACUCAACCACACUGUAGACCUGAUUGAAUACGCCAGAAAGAAUAUUGACGGAGCUAACCAGAAGGUGAAAGGGAAACUGAGCUCCCUGGUUGAGUGGAAGUCUAAUGAGGAAGGAGAUGGCAAUGAGGCUGAGAAUAUAGAGUCAAGAACCCUGGCCAUAGCGCGCUCCCUCACACAGCAGCUGCAGACAACAUGCCAGGUGCUGGUGUCUGGCCUGCAGGGCCUUCCCCAGAACAUCCAGAAGGAGGCGCUGUUCCUCAGCCACUCAGCCUCCCAGGUCUACUCCAGCUUCAGCAAAGCGGUGGCGUUUGGGGACCUGUCGGACGGGGUGCUGGCCAGCAGCAAGGCCCAGCUGGGCAAGAUGAAGGAGUCGCUGGACGACAUCAUGGACUACCUGGUUAACAACACGUCCCUCAACUGGCUGGUACCAGACUUCACCUUGUCCGACCUGGCCUCGGAACCUGACCUCUCCUCAGUUGAAGACGAUGAAAUGUCUGAGACCAGCACCAACGAACCUCUAUCAGCUCCCCUUGCCCACCAAUAACCUGCAUUGUCAGCUAAAUAGCACGUAUGGCUGAUAUAAUGAUUAGUUAUUGAAAAUAGUAUUUAUUUUCAAAAUACAUUCAAAUACCAUUGGUAGACAUUCAAAUACUUCAAAUAUAAGUAGUUGAUUUGGCCAGUGUAUUUGAAAUACAAUACGUAAAUAAUCAUGUAUUUCAACUGUCUGUUCUGUUGUGGAUUGAAACAUUUUUGCAUUCGCUAAGUGACCGCCUCUCCCACUUACAUAUCCAGUUUUGAAUCGGAUUCAAGAUAUCAUAAAAUUCAUAAUGCGGUCAUUUAAGAUAUAAUAAAAUUAGUGUUUGUGGAUUAA